UCCCGGAGUCCCUCCCCUCCCCGUCCGGGCGCCGCUCCCCCAUCCUGGUCGCGUGCUGUGGCAUGGGAGAGAAGCCUUCAUAAAUGAUGUCCUUCCUUCCGAAGGGCAGAACUACACUAUCAGAGUUUAAGUGGCCAUGGAGAGGUGAAUCACAGCUAUCGGCACAUCUUAUUGACAUUCCAGCUGAAAUUGAAUUGUCGGACUACCGAAGAUUGCCAUCUACUGGCAAUGAGAGCCCAUCUGGGCUACUUCAUGGAGAAGACUGUAAUGCCGACGUGAUACCUGACUUGGAUAUUUUCUUUGAGAGGAUUUAUGAAUAUUUCUGCGCAAAAGGCCUCAGGUGCAUCAUCACCAUAUGGAUAAUUGAGAUCCUUAAUGUGGUGUUUAUGGUAUUCUGUAUUGGAUUUUUCUUCUUGUUUGUUGAUUGGGCUGCCCUGGGUGAUUUGAAAUGUGGAGUGGAGGCGCUUGAGUUAGGGGCGAAACCUUGUGACCUGAUGAAACUCAUUAAGGAUCAUCCAUUAGUUCCUUUCACAUUUACAAAGUUGAUCACUGUUGGAUCAAUGGCUAUACUGUCAACAUACGGUUUGAUGAACUUUGUGAAGUUUUUUGUAAAACUGAGAAGCACACUAAAGGUCCGUGACUUCUACUGUAACAGUCUCAAGGUUACAGAUCUCGAGAUUCAGACUAUAUCAUGGCCCAGAGUGGUUGAGAAGAUUGUACUUUUACAGAAUUCACAACGACUUUGCGUCGUUAAGGGUCUCACAGAGCAUGAUAUAAUCAUGCGAAUAAUGCGUAAAGAAAACUACUUGAUUGGGAUGGUUAAUAAAUCCAUCAUCGCAUUGCCAAUCCCCUGUUGGCUUCCUGGAGUUGGCCCAACUAUCAGCUCACGUAUGCAUGGAAAGAAAAGCUAUCUGAUGCUUCCAAAGACCCUGGAGUGGACAUUGAAUUGGUGCAUCUUCCAAACCAUGUUCGAUAGCAAAUUUUGUGUUAGAAAAGACUUUCUAACAAGCCCGUCUUUAUUGAAGAAGCGGCUUGUGUUUAUUGGUAUUGUCAUGCUUCUUCUGUCACCCUGUCUUGUGAUCUUCCCAUUGGUAUACCUCUUUCUAAGAUAUGCAGAAGAAUUCUACAACCACCCCAGUACAGCAUCAGCUCGAAGAUGGUCAAAUCUUUCAAAGUGGAUUUUAAGGGAAUACAAUGAGGUUGAUCAUUUCUUCAAGCAUAGGUUAAAUAACAGUACUGUUGACUCCCUAAAUUAUUUCAAGCAGUUUCCAACUCCAGUAAUAUCUAUAAUUGCAAAAUUUAUAUCGUUUGUAUCUGGUGGUUUGGCUGGUAUUCUUCUUAUCCUUGGAUUUCUAGGUGAAUCCAUACUUGAGGGUCAUGUUUUUGGCCGAGAUCUUCUCUGGUACACUAUUGUUCUUGGAACAAUAGCAACUGUUAGUCGGAGAGUUGUGGUCGACGAACUUCAAGUGAUAGAUCCAGAAGGAGCUAUGUCCUUUGUUGUGCAGCAGACACACUACAUGCCUAAAAGGUGGCGUGGUAAAGAAGGCAGUGAAGAUGUGCGAAGGGAAUUCGAGUCUCUGUUUCAGUAUACUAUAACGAUGCUACUAGAAGAGAUGGCCUCAAUUUUUAUCACUCCAUAUCUGUUAAUAUUUGUGGUUCCAAAGUGUGUCGAUGAUAUUCUACGCUUCAUAUCAGACUUUACAAUAUACGUUGAUGGAGUAGGAGAUGUUUGCAGCUUGAGCCUGUUUGACUUCACCAGACAUGGAAAUACAAACUAUGGUUCACCACAUAAUGCAGUUAAAGGCAUGAGAAGCUCCCAAGGAAAAAUGGAGAAAUCGCUAUUGAGUUUUCAAAGCACCUAUACAUCAUGGGAGCCAAACGCAGAUGGAAGGAAAUUUAUCUGCAACCUCCAGAAAUUCAAGGAGAAGCAAAUCCGUCAACAUACCUUUCAAACAACGGAAGCAUCACAACUUGGGUUGAGUAGUAGAGGUCAGACUGCUGAUGUUUUCCAGCGACUGCUCCCUAGGAAUACCUAUCCCAGCAAUGGGGUCUUCUUUAAUUUCAACCCAUUAGGACUGCUUGACACAGAUCAAAGAGCUUGUCCAUAUAUUCUGGAUUGGUAUUAUACACAUCACCAGACACACUCGGAGAGAGAAGCGCACUCAUCUCCUCACCUUGCAUCACAUGAGCAACAGGAGGAUAUAUGGCCACUCCUGAGCAAACCAUUAACAGAAAUUGAAGACGAGCAAACCUGGGACUCUAAUUUGUAUAGAAGAGCUCGAAGUAACUUGGAGGCAUCAACAUCAAGUGCAUUCUUUCAACAGGCCCCCUUCAGGUACCAGGGCAGGGAACAAAACUCUACGAGCCAUCAAUGGUGGGCUCAGACCUCGAGGCAGCGGACUGAUCCCCAAAACAGUUUUGCUGGGCAUCCUCAAGACAGUUUUCUUGAGCCUCCGGACUUCAGAAAUCAUUUGGAAGCUAGCCAUGUCUCCAGCCAUCAAAGCGAUUGGAGGCUGACCUCCAGAAGGUCAAUUGAUCCACAAGACAGUUUCCUUGAGCCUCCUGAUUUUGGUAACAAUUACAUGUCCUGUCACAGUUCUAGCCAUCACAGCGAUGACACGUCGGAUGGAAACCCAGAACUAGAUCAAAGCAACAAUAGUUGGCGAAGCCCCCAUGCCGCCAUGUCCAAGACAAGGUACAUGGGUGAUGAUGACGACGACCUUGACAUAGAACAAGGCGUGAGUUACCAUUUCACCGAUGCCCCUCAGAAGUAUGGUGGAAGCGAAGGAGAUGGACAUGGUGUAGCCGAUAUUUACAACUCUACACCAGCCAGCCUUCCUGUACGGGUAUUACCUAGAAGCAGUGACCCAGUUUAGGUAGGUAAACACACGAAAGAAAAUAGUAGUAAUACUUGUGAGAGGGCAUUUUACGUGUUCUUAUAUAUAUAUAGCAGAAAAAUAUGCAUAAUUUAGUUUAUUGUGUUUGGCAAAGGCCGACCAAUUCUUUCUGUAAAGUUGAAUUACGUGCCUAAUAGGCCCGUCGUUGCCUAUUUGGGGGAAAGAGAACCAUUCUUUAAUUUAUAUUACCAUAGUUGAAUCUUUUGCCUGCCGUCGGAUGCAAUCAUAUCGGAUGCAAUCAUAUU